AUGGAAGCCCUACGAGGAGACACCACAAGCCCAUCUCUCAGGCAUGAUCCCGAUCCCAUCCUCGUGGCCGCCUCUGCUGGAGAUCGCGAAUCAGUGCGGGAUGCUAUCAAACGAGGCGAGUUCGACGACCUCCGUUCCGCAGCCUACAACAAAACGUGGUAUAUCAGCGAGAGAUACUGCCGGAUUGGAGAUUCUGUUGACUCCUUUGAACCCAUCCUGCAUGAUAUCUGGUAUAUCUACUACCAAGGAGGCUGCUAUCUCUCUUACAAAAAUGCUGAGCACGAUAAAUUGGUGCUUGAUGUCCUCCGCACCAAGGGUCGAGGACCGCUGAUGAGACCCGCACCGAGCGGCUGUGGAGUUGACAUUGCUAGGACUCCUGUUGGGGCUCUCUGGAAUGAUCUUCCUUUUUUUGUCACUGAUAUGACAGAUUUCUGGGUUAAUGACUGCGCGAAGAUGGAGGUAAAGCAGCGUUUGAACUUUGCAUCCUUUCUCGCCAAGCUUGCCUCUACGCGUCUGGACAAGGAUAGACUGUGCCAAAUCGCCCUAUUGGUGUUCCGCGAGACUUUCGAGACUGAACGACCCCUUCACAUACCUGAUGACACAGGUGAGAAUCCUAGCCGGAUAAUGCACGACCUCAGCAUUUCUGCUUUGCUCCCAGCUGCAUGCGCUUGGAUACGCGAGGCUGGAUACAAUAUCAUUCUAUUGUCCGACGUGUCGUGGAAUGAUUGUUCCAGCAGCAUUGGACAGGGUGGCAAUACUUUCCUCAAGUCUGAGCUAGGUCAACGCGCAUCUGCUGGAUUCAGUCCCUGGAGAUGGAUGUACUGGCUGAAGCGUUUACAUGAAAUUGUCAAAGAGGCCGAGCAAUCCGAUGAGAAGCAUCUCGCUGAGCAGGCUACGGAGGCUAUUGAUAUCAUGCUGGGUCAUGUUGAGGAGAGAAACUCGAGGAUCCUCCGGGUGUAUGAGGCUGCGGGCGGUGGUUUGCGUCAGGAUAAGGCGUUCUUGGGUCUGGAAAAAUUGGUCAAGGAGGAUGAGAGCUCCGAGUGA